GAAACAUUCAGUAAACGACAUUUUUAACGUCAGUCUCGUGCUCUAAAUAGAACUAUGGAAAAUAUAAGCAUUAUUCUUUCAUUUCUAGUGUUGUACUUUUCUACACGAUUUUCAAUGUCAGCACCUAAAUAUGAGUACAAUUUCAAAAUAAUUUUCAACGAUUCCAAAGUUGAUUUACGCGAUGAUGUGUGUUUUUUUCUAUAUACACGAGAAAAUCUAAACAAUCCAGAACAAUUAUGGGUCGACGAUAAAAAUAGUAUUGACAAGAGUUUAUAUAAGUCCAGUAGGGCAACAAAAUUUAUGACGCAUGGUUGGCUGAAUUCUUACCAAGGACGAAAUUGCAUGACAGUUAAAAAUGCUUUUCUGUCUCACGAUGAUUAUAAUGUAAUUGUCGUUGAUUGGGCAAAUGUAGCUAAACUACCGUAUUUGGAAGCUGCUGGUUUAAUUAAAGCAGUAGGUGCACAUAUAGCAAAAAUGAUCGACAUUUUAGCGAGUCAAGGUAGCAGUUUGAGUGAUAUGUCUCUGGUCGGCCAUUCGCUGGGGGCGCACGUGAUGGGAUUAGCUGGAUACCAGGCGAGCAAUAAAAUUGGCCACGUAGUCGGUCUCGAUCCCGCUGGACCAGGCUUUAAAUCUGCAGGCCCCGGUAACGGCAUUUCCAGCAGCGAUGCCACUAUGGUCGAGAUAAUCCAUACGAACGCGGGUCACCUGGGCUUGUCAGAGCCUGUAGGCCACGCCGACUUCUAUCCUAACGGUGGGGGUCUUGAACAACCAGGUUGCGGCGAGGAUACUAACCACUAUUGUGCCCAUGAUCGUGCAUAUAUUUAUUACGCUGAGGCUUUGACCAAACCUAACUCUCUGUUGGCAGUGCGUUGUAAAGAUUAUGAUACGUUCCUCACAAAUGAGUGCAAAAAUGAGGCAAUUAUUUCAUUUCCAAGCUGGUCGACAAAACAGAAGAAGGAAAGGGGAUCGUAUUUUCUGCGUACUGCUGAUAAAGAGCCUUUUGGUUUGGGGAUUGAUGGAACGAGACCACCGACACUGUAAACAAUAAUUUUAUAAAUCUACUUUUAGUAAACUUACAAAAAGACUACUAGAAUUACGGGAUCAAUUUUGAUGAAACUUUGUGAAAAUAUUCUUUAUAAAAAAUACAAAGAUAUAUUUUUCAAUUUUAAUUCAUAAACCUUUUUAGAAACCUAUG